AUGUUACGACAACUUCUAUCAACAACAAAUGGUGUUGGUUCGAGUUAUACAACCAAUGAUUAUGAGCAUUGUUCCACCUAUCCUUUAAAUGGUCGUAAUUAUGAAAAUUCAACAGUAAUAUUACCACCAUCAUUGUUACAACCAUCACAAUUACAACUACCACCAUCAUCGUCAUCAUCAUCAACAUCACUGUCAUUACCAUUACCACUAUCACCAAUGCAAUCAUCAACCGGGAUUGUAUCUGCAGCAACAUCACAGAACCAGUUCCGGAUUAAUGACGAUAAAAAUUUGUCAUCCGUCAACUAUAUGUCAUUGGCCACGGGUUAUAGUAUGCAAGCACCGAUAACAUCAAAUCAUUUGGGAAUUUUGGACACAAAUAACGAUUUGAAUGGUUAA